AGGGCUGCUGUGGAAGUCUGCAGUCCUGCAGGGGGAAUCUGUGUGAUUGUGGGUUGGAUUGAGGUGGAGGAGCUUUCUCUGGCCCCCCUGGAUAUUCUACUAGGAAGAACUCUGAAAGGCACUUAUUUUGGAGGUUGGAAGAGUGUUGAGGCCGUGCCCAGACUUGUUCAAGACUACAUGAGCGGGAAAUUUCUGCUGGAUGAAUUUGUGACACACAGACUGACUCUAGAUCAGGUUAACCAGGCCUUUGAUCACAUGAUCACUGGAAAAAGUAUCCGGACAGUGAUUGAGAUGUGAAAUAGAGAUGAUUCUAAAUAUCCUUCAAACAACUCAAGUAUUUUGGUGGGUUCCUCUCACCUUUCUAAAGACUCACAAUCAAUGUCAUAAGAUAAAUGUCUGCAAAUCCCUUCUCACUGAUUGGCUGAAGAAGCACAUAGGAACAGUGAAAUAAAGGAAAGAACAUUCACUGACUAAAGCAUUGCUUGCUUGAUAUUUUGGUCUCUUGUCUCGAGGAGAAUACAAAGACUAUGUCCAUGAAACUGUUCCACACAAUAAAGCCAAAUUUGUUGAAUUUGA